AUGGCGAAUACAGGGAGAAUGAAGCAAAAUGAGAGAACAUUGCUUGCAUUGCCGCUUGUGUCAGCUAGUCCAUUGCCCCAGUUUUUCCCGACUCUUGAGACACCCACACCAUCCACCCCCGACUUAAAUCUUCCAAGUGAUAUGAUUCCUGCUCCUUCUAAUCCUACAACUUUAAGAAGGACCUCUUGCAGCAAUGUAGGACAUCCUCCCAAUCGUUUUUGGUGGGAUCAUAACAUUGCUAAUUUUGUUUUGUGGAAGAGCAAGAAAUAUUCAGUUGUAGCAAGAUCAACAACAGAGACUGAAUACAAGGUCAUGACAUUAGGAGUUGUUGAGAUGAUGUGGUUAAAAGCUUUGUUGGUUGAACUCAAAGUGGAUCAGGGAAUUCAAAUGAAGCUUCAUUAUCUCAACUACUGCUAUUCAUAUCCCACUGCAAAUCCAAGUAGAAUUUAUCUCAUCACAGUUUUGUCUUUUUGCAUUUCUUGGGUAGAUCUAAAGCUGCAAACUGGCUCCUUCAGCCUAAGUCAAAUAAAAGAUGCUACCAACAAUUUUAGUGCCUCUAACAAGAUAGGGGAAGGCGGUUUUGGCUCAGUCUACAGGGGUUUAUUGUCCGACGGUACUGUAAUAGCUGUGAAACAGCUUUCUUCGAAGUCAACUCAAGGGAAUCGUGAAUUUCUGAAUGAGAUGGGCUUGAUUACUGCACUGCAACACCCAAAUCUUGUGAGGCUUUAUGGAUGCUGUGUUGAGGGAAAUCAAUUGCUGCUAGUAUAUGAGUAUUUGGAGAAUAAUAGCCUUGCCAAUGCUCUUUUUGGUAAGGAUCACUCCAUAAGCUCAUUUGCAAAAAAAUCGAUGCCUUAUUCCUGA